UUGACACACCUCCCCUCUCUGGCAGUGGUUUGCUCCUCACUCCAGCUGAUCGGCCCAGGAUUCCCCGGUGACUCUGCCUGUCGUUAGCUUUGACGGCUCCAAUGUUUCAACGUCGAUUUAAACUGCUUUAAUUUUACGGAGUCAGUGGCCGCUCGUGUCGGCAAAUCGUUCCUCGUCCAGUGAAACUCUGAGGGAUAAUCUGGACGGGUUAUUGACUCUGUACUUGUCAAAGACAGGGGAUCUGAACGCAAAUACGAGGCCCUCACUCCAUCCCCGGAUUCACCUGCUACGCGAAGAGCCUCACACGGAAGACCGACAUGGGGGACACGGGCAGCGAGGGCAGCAAGCCUCCGAGUAACGUUAACGUUGUGCCCCCGCGCUGCCCAUGUGGUUUCUGGGGGUCUAGCAAAACUAUGAAUCUCUGCUCAAAAUGUUUUGCAGACAUUCAGAAGAAACAGACAGACAAUGAUUGUGCCCCAAAGGCCUCCUCAAGCUCCAGCAGCAGCAGCAGCAGCCAAGCAGACAUCUUCUGUAAUGAAACAAACGGCAGCAUUAGUCACUCACUGAUGUCGAUGCCUAACACAUCAGAAGACCCUUCGCCAGGAGAGACGGGAGUGCCAUCCCUCUCUGCUCAGGACGUAUCCAGCACAGACACGGCCUUCAGUUCACUCUCCACUCCCACAAAACGCUCCUUUGAGUCAGCCUCAGAGUCAGAAAGCGAUGUUUCCCCCGAAAAGCGAGCAAGAGUGGGUGAUGUACCAGAGGGUGAGGAGUCUUCAUCGUCGUCUUUGUCUGCAUCACCAUCAUCCUCGUCUCGCAGCGGCUCUAAACAGCGGAGCCGCAAACGUUGCCAUCGCUGCCAAACCAAACUGGAGCUGGUUCAGCAAGAGCUUGGUUCCUGUCGCUGUGGUUAUGUCUUCUGCAUGCUCCAUCGGCUCCCAGAGCAACAUGAGUGUCUGUUUGACCACCUGGGCCGUGGUCGCCAGGAGGCUGUCCUAAAGAUGGUCAAGCUCGACCGCAAGGUGGGCCGCUCAUGCCAGCGCAUCGGAGAAGAGUGCUCCUGAGCGGCUGUUCCCUCCGAAGAAUCUCGGCUUUCAGACGGUGUCUUAGCACCAACAGGGAUCCGAUUUUUUUAUUUUGUUCUCUUUUUUUUUUUUUUCAAGAUUUUUUGCAGGUUUUUUGGAUACAAACCUCCAUCCUUUUUCUUUUAAAUUAUGCUCGCUCUUUUAAAUCCCACUGUUACCCAUAUCCUGGUUGUUUUCAGCUUCUGUUGGCUUGAUCAUAUCCCUGCUGCUAAGAUGCCUUUUGGAAAAUCCACACCCAGAAAUGACAGAACAAUAAAGAGCAAAGGAAAUAUACAAUUUCUUCACUUUUUUGCAAGCUCCUGACUACACAAGUGUGAGCAGAGUAAGAACGAAUAAAAGGAUGGCGAGAAGAAAUACAAUGCUUUAUACAAAUGUUUAUCCCGGAAGCCAGUCUAAGACUAUACCCUUUACCUCAAAAAAGAAAGACGAGGAGGAGAAAAGGAUGCUUAUCCUUUGUGUACACUUCUGCUUUGGCGCUGUUUAUAGACUGUGCUCUUUACCUCAAAAUCAGACAGAGCUCCUUUGUACACUGCGCCAAGCAUGGAUUUUGUGACGCAAAACGAGCAAGCCAGUCUCAGUUUAAGUCAGUGUCUCUAACCCCUCUGGCCGUCCACUACCCCUAAUCCUUUAGAAACACCUGUUAAUCAUCCACCUCAGGUUAUCAGGAUAUCAAAAUACAAUCUUCACCCCUCCCCUCAUCAACUUGCAUCCUUCUUUUUCCCUGUACAGGACCCCUUUUUACUCUUUUGUUUGUUUUAAGAUUGAGGUGGCCAUUGUGGACGAUGAAACUGGGGUGAUCCUGUAAGUCCAAAUUCAGAACUUGCAGUGUAAGCCGGACUCGAACACAUUAUGCUGGUGGGAGCGAGCUGGUUGUCCAUGGACAGGCCCUGGAUCUCACACAGAUCUGUCUUCAACGUUGGGAUGUGAUUGAUCGAGACUUAAUUAGUCGCAGAUUUUCGCUGUCUUCCUCUCUUCAUCCCCUUAUUCCCUCUCCACACAUCUGUUUUUAGCAACAUGUGGCUUAUGUGUGCUGGAUUCGUCCAAACUUCAGGAAGACGAUAUUUACAGGACAUGACGUACAUCAAAGUGUGUGUAUGAUUUGUGACUGGACCUGAAACGUCUGUAAAAGUCUAGAGAUUUGUGGGCAAUGCAAAUAAACAUACUCUCUCUCACACCUUUAUGUUGUUAUAUGUGCUCAGCUGUUCACCUUGAGCACAAGCAGGCAAGAUCAACCGUUGCUGUACAACUUGAGUUUGGACUGAAGCUGAGAUGGCAGUGUCACUCAGAGGUUCCUGCUUAAGAUGAAUGAUGGUUGUUAUAAUUCAGGUUUCUCAUACUGUUUUAGACCUUCAUUUCAAAUCUCCACAUCUUAAAGGUACUUUGAUAAGACUAUUCUUUGGUUUUCAGUACUUUAAUGUCCUUUGUUUUCAUUUCCAGCUUGCACGAUGAGCUCACAUGCAUUCUCCUCCUUCCAUUCUCCUGCCUUUCAUUUUCCUUUUCUCAUCUUUCCCCUUAUUGAUUGCUCUAUUUUUCCUUAUUUCAACCUCUCUGCCUCUCCCCCCCCCUCCUCCUUUCUUGCUGUAGAGAAGAGAGGUGGUGGCUGGGGUGAGCAGAGUGCUGAAAGUUAAAAUCAGCAAAUAAUUACUUUCCUGGUAUAAUGUUUUCCUGGUGGACUAUAGAAGGAAUGAACAGAAAUGCAUAAUGAAUGAAUAUUCUGUAUCUUAAAAAAAAAACCUUAUUUAACCCCUUUUUGCUUCUCACUUACACUUUAGUGUAGAGCUGCUUUUUUUGGUUGUAAUGUGGUUAUAAAAUGGGAAGAUAAACGUGGAAAAUUCUAUAUUUUUGUUUCCAUUGUUUUACUUUAUGAUUCCCCGUUCCAACGUUUUCUUUUACUGAGAAAGAAUAAACUGGAUAAGAAUAAG